AUGACGAGAUCAAUUGAGCAGUAUCGUGACGUAGUUAUUGAUGGUGCAAUGGCACAAGCAUUUGAUGUAUGCAAACGACUCUUACGUACUGAAAGUAGUAGUAUACAACGUGUUGAGACGGCACAGCUGGUUCUAGAGAGAUUACGCAGUGGCAGCAUCGACGACUCGAGCGAUGACGUGAACAUGCUCUUGCGGCUACUUGGGAACUACGUAGAGCCUACACGCAAACUUACAGAGGAAAUUCUAUCAUUGCUAUUAUUUUGUAAUCAUCGAGUACUGUUGGUGCAUCAUUUGCCGAAGUUGACGUAUCAGUCCAAGGAAUGUGUAAAGCUAGUUGUACGAGCUUAUUUGGAUUUAUUAAUGACGGAUCGAUCAUUGCUGGUACCGGUGCUGGGAUCGCUAGCUGAGAUGCCACUAGAUACGAGCGAAAAGAAUACAAUAGUGGAAGCUACACUAUCGUUACUAGAGGCUGCAGAGGAACAGGAUCUUCCUGCAGUGGUACAGAGCUUACUAUCGAUGGUGACCAAGUCAUCGGCUCUCAAAGCACUUGGUCGGCUUCGAAGUGAAUGUAAUUGCAUUCAGUCGGGAACAUUAUCUCUUAUCGUAGAAGUGAUUGGACGCUAUGCAACUAUAGGGUCGGUGGCACUGACCGCACUUCUCCGUUUGAUUCGACAUGUGGAUCCAUUGACGACGUUUGACAUUAUUUUGCUGACGUUGGUGAUGGGCAAGUCUGCAGAAAAUGAGCUAGCUGUAAGAACAACAACGUUUAUUGCACAAAGUGGAAGUGUUCACGGUCGGAUGAUGGCUGAAGCCGCUGCGAUGCUUGUGAGAACAGAGUGGGCGUAUCUGCUUCCUUCCUUUAUCCGAUUUUGUAGCUGUCUUCUCGCGGCUUGUUUCCGUGCUUCCACCCGUGCUGUGCUGGCUCCAAAUUUAAUUGCCAGCUCUAUUGAUUCUAUGAUCGUUCUCAUCGAGACUAGAAGUAAGGUACAAGAGGAGGCGUUAAUUCUCUUGCUGACCAUUGUGAGCCACCCUAAAAGACUGUUGCUGCUUGCCAAUACGGAUUCUGCUCAACAAAUUCAAAGUGCAUUAUGCUGGAAUGUGGCCGAAGCCAUCGCGCUACGACUUUCAGAGCUAGCUCAAAGGAAUGCUGGUGCACUAGCAUCUUCAUCUCAUCUCUUCCUUGAUCACCUUCAUGGAAUUACUUCUUUCAUGACAGAUUCUGAGGCUGAUGGACAAUUUCCAUCGCAUAUUCUUGAUCUACUUUGUUCGACAAUGGCGCUGCUGACGAAGAAAGAGCGGGGCAUUUACUCAUUGCUGAUGAUUACUAUUCAAAAGCAACUUGUGACACGGGUAGGAGCUUCCGGUCUGACCCGCGAUCAGCAAUCAUUUAGGUUUCAAAGUGGCCGAUCACUCCAAACUUGCGCCAGUGCUGUUGAGGUAAAACAGCUCAUGGCUGUUUUUCUCACUGGACAUCUUCUGAAGAACCAAGUAGUAGUGGAAUCUCGCGACCAAAAAUCGUUAGCAAACUGGAUGCUACGUCUCCUGACUCUUGCAAAUCAUGACGAGACGCUGCUGCACGUGUUGCGGUUUGUACGAGACGAAAUGAAUCGAUCACGCGAGACGUCGGUUUUAGAAAAGGAACGAGCUCUUCUAACUGCAGCUGUUUCUCAAGUUUUUCAUAAGAGAGGUCUAUGUUGGACACCACGCAAUCACGUGCAAACAAACGAAGACAGCAGAGUUAUAAUUGCGUUCGACGACGUAGACAACGCUGUUGCAACUGAUAGUGACGGAUUGACAACCCCUUUAGCUGUAGAUGCCACCGAAUUUGUGCUUAAGAUGCGGUUUGGAGUACCACCGUCUGCUUUUGGCAGCAUGAAUCACAGCGAACGUGAAGCACAGACGAAACUUACGGAGCGGAAAUACCUGAUGAAGAUUUGUCUCCUUCGAGAGCUGUUCCAUUGCUAUUUGGACUUUGCCUCUCCAAUUGAGCAAUCUGAAAUCGUGAGCGCUGCUUUCUUGCUUCCUUCUGCUUAUCUUCGGCCGACUAGUGGAGAGCCUUGCGGACCGCUGGAAUUCUCUGCACAGAACAAUCUUAUUUGGAAUUUAGUUUGUGCGUUAGAAGUUGCAGUCGCAUCAACUAAUUUUGCUGCGGAGCAAUACUCUUCAAUGCUGGCAAUUUCGAAACCAAGACAUGAUUGUUUGAAGCAGUAUUCACGGAUGGCAGCUAGAUUACACGUUUGCUUCGAGCAGCAGGAUCAACUUGUGCGGAUACUGGCUACUCAAAAGAAAAAUAUAUUAGCUCGCCGAGAUGGCCUUAAUAACAUAUCAAGUUUUCAGCGUGCUGGAGCGCAAAGUUGUGAUCCGGAAUGGUUGCUGCUGGAGGCUUUAAUUGUCGAGCAACUUCUUAAUGGUCAGCUUCGUCGUGUACAAGGAGAGCCUCCUCGAGCCUCGUUGUUCGGCUUGGACUUUCGUGUUGUCUGCUUGGCUUUUGAAGGCCAGCAAAAAAACUUUCUGGAACCGCCCCUGUUAUUGCCUAAUGAAUUGAAAUUGCUGCAAGUUUUCUAUCGGCAUUUGCAGAGCGGUGGGAUACCUUGUUCAGCUUCAAGUGGCGAUAGCGAAAGUGACAGAAACCUUAGAAGACUCGUAUCAAAAAGUGAGGGACGCCGGGCAGUCAAGUGGCUAUGCCGCCGUGCAACGGAGCUCAGCCACAUGAUCAGCAUUGAAGAGUUUGACCCCUUGCAAAGUGCUGUAGAUGGAGAUUUUGAAGCUGACUUGACACUAGAUCAAUCCACGAGUACGACCAGGAAAAAAUUGAUGGCGUACAGUUUGGCGUACAUUUAUGAUUCAUUCAUUGUCAUAUUGGAAGAGUGUCGUAUUGCAAAAACGACGGGAGAUUCUUGUUGGAGCGACAAAAUGAUGAAGCUGCUUGCUACUGCUGCAAGUCCUAACGACGAUUUGACUCGCGUCAGUAGUCCUUACGGACAUAGCGAAAUAUUCUUUCGCUUUCUGGCUCGGCAGUGUCUUGAGCUGACGGACCCUACGCUAGCUUUGUUGGUAACUGAUGCUCUAACUUCACUUGUGCAGAACACAAGAAAAAGCCCCUUUAUCAGUCAACUUUGCAUCGCUAUGCUGCACCAAACAUUUCCAGGAGCGCCAACACCGAAUCACUUUGAAAUUAGCGUGGGAAAGUUUUUUCGAGGCCUGCCGCUGAAAUCGUUGUCCAACGCUGUUGUUUCGCCCAUUAAAGGCCAUGUAUGCUCCUUGGCAAAAUAUCGGUGCACUUCCAUGAAGUGGCGCCAUAUUGCGUAUCUGGUAGUUGGAUCCUGGGCAUACUCUGUUUCAGCGUCCGCGGGAUCAUUCUUGUUGACCUACUACCUGGGGGAAAUGCGUGCUCUUAUUGAUGCAGCGGUAUCUCAUGACACUGAACGAAACAAAAAGAAUAAUGCAGUAAAUGUGAAUAAGAGUGAGGACGAACUAAGCGAGGGACGGAAUGAGCUAGCUGUGGUGGUAGAUGGAGAGCAUAUAGUGCUGAAAAGCUUGACAAACGAGUCCUUGCCAUAUUUCGUCGAGGCAGUUCUCCUUUGUGCUAUCGCUUCGUUGUACCGUGCGACGCCAAAGAAAACCGCGCAAGUCCUCAAAGAAUCAAAUCCUUUUAUAGAUUACUGCAAGGCGACGGAUGCAUUGAAAAGAACUCUUCAAGUGUUUGUGCGAGCUGAAACGUGCGGAUUCAAUUUGCCAGUUAAGACCAAUUUGCUGGUUUUGCGGGGAGGGACUUUUGCCGCACGCAGUGUCAAGUCCAUCCUGGCAAAAUGCAUGGCCUGGCGCAAUGAGCAAAAUGUGCGCGACAAUAGUGGUGCAUUAGAGCAUUUAAGCGUUCUAUUUGAAGUUGCACAGGCUUUGUCAAUGACAAUGGAGAUGGUUACAUCCACCUUUCAAGAGCGUGUGGUGCUAAAAAUGCAGCACAACGGAGGCAGUCGUCGAAGAGGAGGUUGGUCCAACGAGCUGCUGGCCAAGACUUACCGGAAAAAGUACAAUACGCGCCGAUGGAUUUCAAAAAGCGAGGCAAAGCUACUUCCGUUCUUCUCUUACGAAAUUCAGGAGCUUCAAGACUUCUUACAAGAUCAAAGUGAUGUGAACAAUAUAGUUUUGGAAUCAGCUCGAGCUGAAUGGGAAUCCACAGACAAUAUCUGGAGCGACUACGAACAUUGUGAUGUGAUGCUAAGCGACGAUAAACUUGUCUCCGCAUGUCGGACUCUCCAGGAAACAGAGAUUACGGCCACGCUACUUCGAGAUUGGCGACCUAGCGUCUCAGUUGACACAGAUGGUGAUGAAACCGACCUUGACGAUGAGGAGGUUUUAGCAGACACUAAAGAAGUUGACGAAGAAUUGCUUUCCGAAGACGACGACGACGAAUUUGUUGUGAGGUCCUAUGGGACGAUGAAUCGAACCACAUUGUCAAGUGGAUGCAAGAAGGCUGCUGUGGAACUUCAAGAUAACGAAGACCUUGGAUUUCCCGCUAUUGUCGUUAACUUUAAAAAGCACAAGAAGACGCACAAGAGCUAA